AUGCAAGUACAGUACAAAUUCCGUCCUAUCCCAAAGCGUGAUGAUAUCUCAGAGAUUAAACAGAAUGCGCGCAGGGAUAGUGUCAAUCCGAAGGAGAUUGAUGAUCAUUGGUCAACUCUUUAUCACGAUACGUACAUUAGGCAUCCUCUUAACUUCAAUUACAAAACAAACGCUCCACCAGAAGGCAUAAGCAUUGGUGGUGGUAACUUAGAACCAGAUGCUGAAGAAAUGAAAACAGAUUACCAAAGAACUUACAAACGUUUUGAUAGAUCUGACGUUCCAAAAAGAGCAGAUCCACUACCAUGCUCCGACAUCAUUAAAGGAGAUGAACCGAUACCCGAAUCUACUUGCCAUGCAGCUCUGAAAGAGGCUAACGAAGGCAGGCCUCCUUAUGAUAACGCAGAAGCUAAGGCAAGAAAGGCAGAAGGCGUUUCUUCUCACUUCUACUUCGGCUCAGAUCCUAAAUCUUUUGAUACAACAUACAAUAACGACUUCAUCGAACGUCCAAUCGAAAAACCACCGACAUACAAUCUCGAAUUACAGAAAUCUCACGUCGAAUUUGAUAAAUCCGCUGGUCUUGGCCCGCAUCAGAAAGCCAGAUCAAACCAGAAAGCAAAACAAAAUUAUCCACAAGUUGCAGACGCCAAAAUCAUGGAUAUGAACAAAGCAAACUUCGAUAUAGGCUAUGAUAAGCCAAACUACCAGACAACAAUGGGAUCUUCCCUCUACAAACCGUCAAAACUUGCAGGACGUCCAGAAACUUUCAAGGCUCCUCCAUGCGCUGUUCUUAGUGAUCAUGGUGAUGCUGGCAACUCAAGUAUGUGGAAGUCCAACUAUACAACCGAUUUUACCAACAGACAACCAAUUCCAAAUCCAAUUGAUAAAGCUCAGCUUCGUGAUACUCAUUUCGAUCCAGGACAUGAAAAGAACGAAUGGCCAGAUCGUAACAAGAAGGUUGAGACCGUCCGUCCAGAGCGUCUUACAGUUAACCUCCAAGAAUCAAAUAUUGUUUUCAAAGGUGAUGGCCAAGGACGUUAUCAAACAACAUCAUCCGAUCUUAUUGGUAAUUACGAUCGUACAAAGGAUGGCCGCGGCAAGUUUGUUGAUGCUCGCGACGAUCAUCUUUUCCUUGGUCAAGAUAAUCCGGAUUACAGUACAACAGCAAAGGAUUUCAACAAACUGGCCGGUACAGGAAAACCAGCUGAGAAGGGCGUAGACCUUCACCACCUUCGAGGAGUCGGAUUUGCCACAGGAGGCACUUUCGAUCCAUACUACGAGGAGAAAGCUGAUCAGAAGAAGGAAGUUAGAUACGGACCAACUGUUAAAGUCGAUCCAACUUACUUCACUUCUUCACAUUUCGAGUUGAAUUCCACUGGAGCCCAAGGAAACGACUGGGGUACAACUUACUUCGAGGAAAUUUGUCGUCCAAAGAUAUAUUAA